CAACAGAGAACACUCAUCAUCAUCUUCAUACCAAGUUUUUGUUGCAGGUUCUGCUUCUGCUUCUUUUGCUAUUUGCCGAACUGUUGUUUUUGAGGGUUUUCAGUUCAAACCAGUGGAGCUGGAAAUUGGAUUUGCGUUUCGCAAUGUCAUUACAGUGUACGGGAUUAAGUUCGGUGUCAUUUUACCGAUCUGUGUAUGCAAAGGAGAAUGUAUUAAAAGCUUCUUUUUCACUUAAUAAGCCUCCUUUUACAAGCAUUUCACUACCGAGAUUGCACUUUAUGACUGCAAGUUUGAGAAGAAGUAGUCUGAGAGCUUCUAAAGUCUUGGAUAAUAAUGAUAGUGAAAAAAAAGGAGUCAAAGAGUCAAACAAGAGUGAUCAAAGUGACGACGAUGAUGACGAUUUUGAAAUGGACGAAGAUGAGAGGAAAGAAUUCCGGGAAAAGAUUCGACAAAUGAUCGCAAUGAACCCUCAGGUUGACGAGGAAGUCGAUCCUGAAGAAAAAAGAAAAAAGAUGCAGAAGCUUUUAGCCGAUUAUCCCCUUGUUGUAGACGAAGAUGAUCCCGAUUGGCCUGAAGAUGCUGACGGGUGGGGUUUUAAUUUUAGUCAGUUUUUUGAUAAAAUGAGCGUUAAGAACGUCAAAAAAGAUGACGACGAUGAUGAUGGUGAAGUUAAUUGGCAAGAUAUACGUGCCAUUAAAGACAUCACUUCUGCAGAGUGGGAAGAAACUGUAUUCUCGGACCUCAGCCCGUUGAUUGUUCUAGUGCAUAAUCGUUAUAGAAGGCCAAAGGAAAAUGAAACGGUUCGUGAUCAGUUGGAGAAAGCCAUACAGCUUAUAUGGGAUUGCAGGAUACCAUCACCGAGGUGUGUUGCAAUUGAUGCUGUCGUGGAGUGUGACCUAGUAUCAACACUAGGAGUUUCUGUGUUCCCCGAGCUCAUAUUUACAAAAACUGGGAAGAUUUUACAUCGCGAAAAAGAAAUAAGAACAGCCGAUGAGUUGUCAAAGAUAAUGGCAUUCUUUUAUUAUGGAGGAGCAAAGCCAGAUUGUCUUAAUACCUCUGCAAUCAUCAAUGAAUUAGUUCCUGGUUUCACCACCAAGAAAUAGAAACCACCUAAAUCAGCAAUCAUGCUACCAUGACUUGUACUUUUUGUAUGAAAAGUUGUGCAUUGCUGUUUUCUGGGCAGUGAACGGCUAUUAGACCAAUUGGUUGGGCUUUCGCACCAACUUCAGUGGUACCUGGGUUCGAAACGAGGAGACCCUCCAAAAUUUCUUAGCAGUUGUAUAAGAAAUUUUGGAAUUAGUAUUUACAUAGGCAGGCAUCUGUAUGUAUUUAUCAUGUUACAUUAUUCAUCAUACAUUGUUUUCAUUUGGCUUUUGUUGUCAUAUAUACUUGCAUAAUACUAUGUAAAACGCUACAUGUAUUUAUCAGGUUACAUUAUUCAUCAUACUUUGUAACA